AAAACCGGGCUGCGUCCCAAACCGCAUACUAUUCAACUCAGUAGUGUGUUUCUGUGGGUUACUAUAGUUACUAUACGUACAUAUACGCGCUUUGUUUCAGGCUACUGUUUGCGGUUUGGGACGCGGCCGCAAUCUCAAGCCUAUAGACUGCCUCAAUGGGUUGUAAAUCUAGCUAGCUUUCAUUCGUUCAAACGAAUCCGUUAACGGUGGCCGUUUUUUGUUUUUUUGUUUUGGUUUGGUUUAAUUCAAACGACGCGGGCGCGCGGGGUGUAACUGGAGUCGCUCGAGCGCAGCCGUUUGCGCUUCGUGUCGUGCACGCGCGGGCGCGCGCGCGCGCGCGAGAAAGAGAAGGAAAUGAGUAGCCAUGGAGACGCAGAGAGGAGGAAAGGAGGAAGGUGUAGCAAAGCUGUGACACUUUUCACCGUUUAAACGCUCCUUGUAACCGGAACUCCCGGUCGCUAUAAACAAACCUAUGGACAGGUUGUCAGGUUACUGCGCGAAAGAAACGGCUUUCUGGAUGCCAUUGAGCGACUUGUUCGAGCCACAGGAGCGAAGAUGACCGACAGGGCAGGUGGAAGUACCGCGGGUGAGGACUCCGGGAUCAUCCGCCGGAGGAGGAUGCAGAAGGAUCUGCCAUUGCCACGGAAGAGCAGCGGCUGUCGCACCAGUAACAGGAAGAGUCUGAUCCUGACCAGUACGUCUCCGACCCUGCCACGACCCCACUCACCUCUCCCUGGACACAUAGGAAGUAGUCCACUGGACAGUCCUCGUACCUUUUCACCCAGCGGCCCCGCCCACUUCUCUUUCACCCCCUCUAGAAGGGCUGAUGGACGCCGCUGGUCUCUGGCUUCACUGCCGUCUUCUGGAUACGGCACCAACACACCCAGCUCCACGUCGUCGAGCUCGUCUCAGGAGCGUCUGCACCAGCUGCCCUUCCAGCCCACCAUGGACGAGCUGCACUUCCUGUCCAAACACUUCGGCAGCACCGAAAGCAUGACGGACGACGACGGACGCAGGUCGCCGCAUGUACGGCCGCGCUCACGGAGCCUCAGUCCGGGCCGCUCGCCCUCCUGCUACGACAACGAAAUUGUCAUGAUGAACCAUGUAUAUAAGGAGAGAUUUCCAAAGGCCACGGCUCAGAUGGAGGAGCGCUUGGCCGACUUUAUCCAGUCCUACUCUCCAGAGAACGUGCUCCCGCUGGCCGACGGCGUCCUGAGCUUCAUCCACCACCAGAUCGCCGAGCUGUCCCGGGACUGCCUGACCAAAUCCCGAGAGGGCCUCAUCACAACCGUCUACUUCUACGAACUGCAGGAGAACCUGGAGAAACUCCUGCACGACGCAUACGAGCGAUCCGAGAGUUCUGAGCUGACCUUCGUCACCGAGCUGGUCAAGAAACUCCUCAUCAUUAUUUCUCGACCCGCAAGACUUCUGGAGUGUUUGGAGUUUAACCCCGAAGAGUUUUAUCACCUGCUGGAGGCAGCGGAGGAUCACGCUAAAGAGGGACACUUAAUGAAGACGGAUAUCCCGCGCUACAUCAUCAGCCAACUCGGUCUCACACGAGACCCACUGGAGGAAAUGGUGAACCUGGACAGCUACGACAGCGAGGGGCCACACACACCUGAGACUGACGACUCAACUGAGGGAAAGAUGAAGGCCAUGAAGCCACCUUGUGAAUCAGACUUUCAGACCAUCAAGCUGAUUAGCAACGGAGCCUAUGGGGCAGUGUAUCUGGUGAGGCACAGAGAGACUCGGCAGCGUUUCGCCAUGAAGAAAAUCAACAAGCAGAACCUGAUCCUGAGGAACCAGAUCCAGCAGGCAUUUGUGGAGAGAGACAUCCUGACCUUUGCCGAGAACCCAUUCGUUGUCAGCAUGUUCUGCUCCUUUGAGACUCGUAGACACCUCUGCAUGGUCAUGGAGUAUGUGGAGGGAGGAGACUGUGCCACCCUGCUGAAGAACAUUGGCGCAUUGCCAGUGGAAAUGGCUCGAAUGUACUUUGCUGAGACCGUCCUGGCUCUGGAGUACAUCCACAACUACGGCAUCGUACACCGAGACCUCAAACCUGACAAUCUGUUGAUUACGUCUAUGGGACACAUUAAACUGACUGACUUCGGCCUCUCUAAGAUGGGUCUCAUGAGCCUCACCACAAACCUGUACGAAGGCCACAUCGAGAAGGAUGCUCGUGAGUUCCUGGACAAACAGGUGUGUGGCACCCCGGAGUACAUCGCCCCGGAGGUGAUACUGCGGCAGGGUUACGGGAAGCCCGUGGACUGGUGGGCCAUGGGAAUCAUCCUCUAUGAGUUUCUGGUAGGAUGUGUGCCUUUCUUCGGGGACACACCUGAGGAGCUAUUUGGCCAGGUGAUCACAGACGACAUCGCCUGGCCCGAGGGAGAUGAAGCGUUGCCUAGCGACGCCCAGAACCUGAUUUCCACCUUGUUGCAGACCAACCCACUGGUGCGAUUAGGGACAGGAGGAGCGUACGAGGUGAAGCAGCACUCGUUCUUCGCAGAUCUGGACUGGAACAGUCUGCUGAGGCAGAAGGCGGAGUUCAUCCCUCACCUGGAGUCUGAGGAGGACACCAGCUACUUUGACACCCGCUCGGAGCGUUACCGGCACGUAAACUCGUACGACGAGGACGACACGAACGACGACGAGCCGGUGGAAAUCAGACAGUUCUCCUCUUGCUCUCCACGCUUCAGCAAGGUGUACAGCAGCAUGGAGCACCUGUCUCAGCUGGAGCAGAAAGCCCCGGUGGUGACCCGGCGAGAGCAUAAGGGACGUCGCGAGGACAAAAUGGCUAAGAGAGAGAGCCUCGGCAGCUUCAGCAAGAGCUGGAGAACCAGCUCACCAGAGAUGAAGCGUCUUUCGUGUUCCGAGUCUCUGUACAUGGAGGGAGAUUCCAGUCCUCCUUUAGGUGCCAGGCGACGCUUUUCUGCACUGAUGGACACACACCGCUUUGCCUCGCCUCUAGAGGGCGAUGGAGAGACACAGCCUCAACAGCCUGGGGCUAAAAGCAGGGGGUCGUCAGUAGAGGGCACCACUGCACCCUCGUCACCCAGUGCUAGUGAACAGAGCACAUCUGUAAAGGAGGUGUCUGGAGUGAGCGUGGGAGAUAAACCAGACAGACCCAGUGAGGUAUCAGCACCACAACCCAUUCCAUCAGCGACAGCAGCAGUAGUACCGGUUUUCCGCGAUGUGGUUGCCAUGGGCGACUCCCCCAGCCAACGGGCCACCAAUGACCUGGUUCUAAGGCGAGCGCGUCACCAGCAGCUCUCCGGAGAUGGUGAGAAACGAACCACACGUGCUGGCAGCAAGGUCAUCAAAUCUGCCUCGGCUACGGCGCUGUCUGUCAUUAUUCCAGCAGUUGAGCAGCAUGCUAGCUCUCCUCUGGCCAGCCCAAUGUCCCCUCGCUCGGUCUCGUCCAACCCGUCAUCGCGAGACUCAUCCCCAAGCCGAGACUAUGGCCCUGCAGUUAGCAUACUCCGCUCACCCAUCACCAUUCAGCGCUCGGGCAAGAAGUAUGGCUUCACACUGCGUGCCAUCCGCGUCUACAUGGGGGACAGUGACGUCUACAGCGUACACCACAUGAUCUGGCACGUAGAAGAAGGCGGUCCGGCUCAGGAUGCAGGGAUGUGUGCUGGUGACCUUAUCACACAUGUCAACGGAGAAUCUGUCCAUGGAUUGGUCCAUACAGAAGUGGUAGAGCUCAUUCUCAAGAGUGGUAAUAAGGUGACUGUGACCACCACUCCUUUUGAGAACACGUCGAUCAAAGUGGGUCCUGCUCGCAGAUCCAGCUACAAAUCCAAGAUGGCCAGACGCAGCAAAAGAACAGUCAAAGAGGGACAGGAAAGUAAGAAGCGAAGCUCUCUGUUCCGCCAGAUAACCAAGCAGUCAAAUCUUCUGCACACUAGCCGUAGUCUGUCAUCUUUAAACCGCUCGCUGUCCUCUAGUGAGAGUCUGCCGGGUUCUCCUACGCACAGCCUGUCUGCUCGGUCACCCACUCAAAGCUACCGUUCCAGUCCUGACUCCUCUUACCUAGGUGCCUCUUCUCAGAGCAGCUCUCCAGCCUCCAGCACACCAAAUUCUCCUGCUGCCUCCCAGCACAUGCGCCCCAGCUCUCUCCAUGGCCUGUCCCCUAAACUGCACCGUCAGUACCGCUCAGCCCGUUGCAAAUCCGCCGGCAACAUACCUCUGUCCCCUCUUGCGCAUACGCCAUCCCCUACUCAGUCUUCACCACCGUCCUUGUCAGGUCACACUGUUGGAAGUUCCAAUAUGACCCAGAGCUUCCCUGUUAAGCUUCACUCAUCUCCUCCUAUUACAAGGCCCAGGCCCAAGAGUGCCGAACCACCCCGGUCUCCGCUUCUCAAGCGGGUGCAGUCGGCAGAGAAGCUUGGGUCACCUCUGUCCUCUUCUUCGUCUUCGGGAGACAAGAAAGGCGGAAUUGGGGCAAUGAGGAAGCACAGUCUGGAAGUUGGCCAUUCAGAAUAUCGUAAGGAAGGCUUCCACUGUGAGCUGGGUCUCCAAAGCUUGUUGGAAACAGAAGGGGAGACUCUGGCCUCGACUUCUGCAACAACCCCAUCACCUACCCAGCCCACAGUUCCAUCACCCCUGGAGACAGGUGUUUUUAAGCCAGUAAGGAAGCUGGGCAGGCAGGAAUCUCCACUGAGUAGAGAUGCUUUGCUUGCUGGAAGAGUGAAGGAAAAGGACAAUGGCAGGGUGAAGUCUGGUGAUUUAACUCAGGGAAGUGACAGUAAACUAGCAAUAGUCUUGGAGAAGUCACCCCCUGCCACUGAGGCUCAACAGGAUACCAUGAGCAAGAAAGUCCCAGAUGAUAAGUCAAGUCACAUAAGAUCUCCAUUUGUUGAUGUGUCUCAGCAAUCACCAUCCACAUCAAGAGAUGCUAGCACAGCCAAACUUGAAACUAGUCAGCCUGUUGUGACCAAACCUUCACCCGUUGCACCAGAGUCUAAACUUAGUGUAGCUCCGUCAGUUCCAUCAUCUCUUACCACUUUGUCCACCACUGCUACAAAAACCACAGAUCUUACCUUCCCAAGUGUUUGUGUAGGAGGCACAAGUCAAAUUUGUGACACAAAACCCCCAAGCAUGAUUGUCCAAAGCCAGACACCAGGGACUGCCAAAGCUCACCAGACUUCCAUCAGUGUCAUCAAGGACUUGCAAGGAAAAGAGGCUGACAAGAAAGCAGAAAUGAAAGAAGUGAAACAGGACACAGGAAAGACUAUCAGCGCUGUCAAGUCUGGUGUACCGUGCAGUGGCCCUGUAAAGGGAGCUCCACUCCCUGACAAAGUGUCAGUCCCAGCGACAACCACAGAAGUAUCCAGAGUUAUCAAGGGACCAUCAGAUGGAGACACUCUUAAAAAGUCAGGUACAGAGACCCAUGGUAGGACUCCAGAUAUGAGAGUGAGACCUGGCUUACCUCCAUCCAAGGGGGUUGUUCCACCCUUCCCACCCCAGGUCCAGUCUCCUUCUCUGGGCAAGCUACGACAGGACAAGGGUCUUUCUCCGGUCAACUGCUACCGAGGCACCUUGGACUGGGAAGACAAAUGUCUCUUGGAGGUUGUUGAGGAGCAUUCUCCUUCUCCUACACCGUCCCCUACUGGAGCCACUCCUAGCUUGUCAAAAUCACCUCUCCAACCCGUUGUUACUCAAUCCUUGUCCCCUGGUGACAAAAGUGGCUCGACUAGUGUGUCUAAACCUGGGCAAGAACCAGCCAAAAGGUUAAUCCAGGAGGUGGCAAAGGGCAAGGAAGCUGUUAAAUCAGCAGAGGAAACCAAGGCUAUUGCACAAGGAAAGACUGAGGUUUCAGGUGGGAGUAGCCCAAACUUAAAAGUAGCAACACCGAGCCCUACCGGCACAAUACCACAGAAAAAGAAUGAGAGCAAGAAGAAUGGCUUGUGACAUUUCAGCACAGUCUGAUUUUGCCUUUAUUGGAAAUUUAGCACUUAAACACAUCAGGACAUUCCAAGUGGAAAAUAUUAAGAUCAAGCAAGACAAACAUAAUGACGAGACAAAACAAAUAGUGCAAAGAUUCUUCUGAUAAUGGUUUAUUUAUUGUAUAUAAAAAAGAUAGUAGAUGUAUUACAGGUAUGUGUUUGUAGAGAAUGACUGAGUGUUGCUUGAGUGGCAAGGUUAAAAAGAAAGUGCGAAGUGCUUUAACAGAUCAAACAAUGCUGAAAACUGUGAAUGCCAAUUCAUUGCUGAAGCGAAAUGGUAAAAAAAAUGGUUUCUUCCUGAGACAUUCACUAAACAAACAACACUGCAAGGAUGGAUCUUAUUUGGUAUACGUACGAAAGAGUUAUUUCUCUUGAGUUCCUCUAUGUGUGAUUAGCAUGCCGUCCAGUGAUUACGCAGCUAGCGCUCAAACUGCCUGUGACUUCUUUUUAAGCUAUGUAGGUGGAGGGAUAAGUAGGACCAAAAUAAGAAAAAUAAACCUGAGAGAUUUCAUUUUCUGUAAGCCCGUAAACCAAUGGAAGAUUUUUAAGGGGGAAAGCCUUAAAUUAAGAUGGUUUUGAAUUAUCCUGCACUGCAUGAGUGACCGUAGCCUUCUUAUCAGGUGCCAACAGGAGGCCUAGCAUAGUAGCCCAGUGACAGCUUCCUCCAUCGCAGCUUAGACAGCGCUGAUAUAAUCGCUGACUUGGGCUAAUUUUAAUACCAUUUGUGGGCUUUGUAUCCGCUCUGUUAAACAGGUGCCUUUCAGCUGGGUUGGCCGAGAAACGUUUAUGAGGGCUGUCAGGAUGGAUAAAGGGGAAAGGUAUUAGUGAAAAAGCAAUGUUUUGCACAUGCUGGUUAGGAAACAUGGGUUUAAAUGUAUUUAGCAGAGCAGAAAGUGUAGAGGGUCAAACUGGCUGAAGUAAAAAAUACACAAUUUCAGUUCCAUUUUAUAGGCAAGGGCAUUUUGCUGAUGCUGAAAUACUUGAAGUAUUGCAACACAUUUCAAUAUAUUGUGGAAAUCAUUCAUUAAAAAAAAAAAAAAAAAAAAAUCAGCUUUUGCUUCCAAACACACAUCUUGGUGUAUGAGUUAACUUUAUUAUCACAUUUAAUCCUUUGAUUAAGAUUUAGGAUGUCACAUAAUUCAGUGACGUCAGGAUGUCACAAAGUUUGGCAUAUGAUGCAUCCAAUUUUAAAAUGAGACAUUCCCAAUAUGUAAUAACUUUUCCUUUAAAAAAAAAAAAAAAAAAGGUGGUACUAGGUAAAAUAUGCAGAAAUGGUUCGUCUUUGUUGUUCAGUGGAUAGAGCUAUGAUGUGUAGAUCUAUGACAAUAAUGUUUGGGCGUAAAACACAGAGUACAGUUUAUAAUUCUUCAUGUAUUAUAAGUAUCACAGUCGAUCUAGCAGUGUAGUUUCCCUUGGAGUCUGUCUCUGUAUUUUUUGUGGUCUUAGUAAAGAGAGGCCUAAACACCAACAUGUUUAAUUUAUAACAUCAUUUUGUCAUUAGCUGUGCUGUUUACUACAUUAGUGUGAUGAAUAUUCAUAAAUAUGCAGCCAUAAAAAAAAAAAUCCCUUUACAGUGCAAGUAGGAAUACGUUGCCAUCUGGUGGCUAAACAGCACCUUGUCAUUAUUUUUGCACUUGGGUUGAUUUUAAAAGAUCCUAAAUCCCUCUGCUGCCUGGGAAGUGCAAUGAAAACAGAAGUUUCUCCAUCCUCUUCAGUCAACCCUGCCUACUCUGUUGUAACUCUGUACGCCUGCCUCAUAGGUUUGACUUUUAAAGAAAAGUGACACACCUGAGCAGCUUUGCUUUGCCUAAAGAAAGCUAAAGAAAAUGAAAAAUGCAAAAACAGAAGCCUGAAACGAAGAAACUAGCGACAUCAGUUGCACAUCAGUUGCAGCUGACAGUUUUAUUAAUGUGUCUUUGAAAUCGUUUGAUCAUUACAGAUCUAGAACCAUGUUGAAAAAUUACAAGGUGCACCUUUAAGAGUGAUGAAGUAGGAGUCAUUGCUUUCAGUUUGCUAAUAGGAUUAGUAGAUAUUGAUCAUGUGCUCGCUCAUCCGAGAGCCGGAUUCCUGAUUGGGGUAUUGAUCUUGAAUUUCUGGUGUCCAGGAGCCUGAUUACUGGACUGAUGUGUUUUAGGGAGACGAGUAUUGAUUUUUAGGGGUGAAGUCUACAAGGCUGUGCGUGUAUGUGUGUGUGUGUGUGUGUGUGUGUUUGUAAAGCCUGUCAGGUCACGAGUGCUAAUCAACAGCCUGCUCUUUCCAUCGUCACAACCCUGUUCGUUUGGAAUGAAGCUGAUUACUGAUGCUAAAUCAUAAGCUGAGUGACGUCUGUAUGUUGCAUACUACACUACCAGGUUUUUAAACUAUUUUCUCCUCACUCUGUGAACUGUAGCAUGCUAUGGUCUAUAUGUAUACUGAUAUAUCAAACAGCGAUCUGUCUCGCUCGUUAAACAGUACCUCAGUUGACGACCUGCACCUGGAAUUCAUAAAGCAUCUUGGUGAUCUAUAGGAGCCGGAAACAUUGUAGGUCCACUUUUGAACAAAGUGGAACUGGUGUACAUAACUAAAGGACAGCAUAGAAGUGGCGAAUACUCGUACUUUUUAACAAAGUUGUUAAACAUCAGAGAGUCAGAGAGCAAAGGGUCUUUGGGUUCAAGGGUUAAAGCAAACAUUCAGACAAAAAUCAAAUGUAUGCAGUUUUUCACUUUACUCCAAAUGGAGUCGUGUUUGGUGUCUAAAGUUUGCUUCUUUCUUUUUGCACUUGAGCUACGAGGUUAAUGUAGCUAAGAUGUAAUGGAAGUCAGUCUCAUUUACAGUUACAGUGUUUAUAAGUAUCCAGGACGACUUACAGAAAACAUAUCCUCAUGCUAGUUCAAUAGAUUAAAAACCCUUUGGGGGAGAGAGAGAGAGAGAGAGAGAGAGAGAGGUAGUACAGGAAGAAAACCCACAAGUCAAAGGUUCACAGUUCCACAUUCCCCGGUUUGAUCCUAAGCUCGAGUCUAUGUGGAGUUUCUUUGCAUGUUCUUCCCGUGUGCCCAUGUGGGUUUCCUCUGGGUUUGCUGGUUUACUCCCAAAAACAUGCCGUUAUAUUGAACUGGCUAAAUUGUCCCUAGAUGUGAACAUGUGUGUGUGUGUGUCUGUGUGUGUGCAUGAUGCUCCCCGAUGAAGUGGCGGCCCAUUCAGGGUGCGUUCUCGCUUCACUCCCAUUGUCCCCAGGAUAGACUCCACAUAAAUUGCUUACUGAAAAUGAGUGAGUCCGGCAGAUUUUCCCACACAGUCCUAGGCCAGGCUUGCUUGCUGUGAGGGAAUUUGUUCUUCUCAUACAAAUUUCAUGCCCCUAUCAGAUCUCCUCUUACCUUCCUAGCUGUAGUGUAUUUUAGCCUGCUGUGUGAUGGAAAAAAAAAAAAAAAAAGAUGGCUGCCACCAUAACGUUCCAGUGCUCAGUUACACAGCGAAGUCCUACUGUGUCUUAAACCACUUCUGCAAGUCUGUGUGACAUCACUGAACAUCUGGACAUGGGUUUGAGGCAGAGCUUAACACCAUAUCAGACUAAGGAAAUAUUUAAAAUUAAACAAGCAAACGAUGGACACCAAAACUUUUCGAAGGGGAGGAGCUUGUUUCAGUUUUACUUGUUUAAACGCUCGAUUUAAACACAAUUUUCUGGUGAUGAGCGCAGAACCUUGGGGGAUGCCGUAGAUGUGUAUUUAAGGUUAAACCUAAAACGUUGUCUGUACGCAAAGCCUUAAUCAUAUCCACAUUUUUCAAUUUUAAACGUAUUCUCAAGUCCACUGAUGCCUCCUUUCUGAAGAGUGGGGUCACGUAUUCAGAGCUUUUAAAAAUGAUUUGCAUAAUGCUAACUGACACUAUGUGAUUUAAUUGAAGAAACGUUAGUAUUUUGAGGCAAAGUAUUCCUUAUUUGGGAUAAUAAUAAUAACGCCAGUGAAGGAUUUCAGUCUGUUCUAUAGCCACGUGAUGGAAAAGAUCCCAGGUCAUGAGACUCAUUACAGCUGGAACCCAAACUCAUGACACGUACGUAACACACGUCUUUUGACUGUUGUCACUUUUAUCACGUGACUGUUAUAGUAUCAAAUCAUGAAAUUUAAAAAAAAAAAAACAUUUUGUAAUGUUUUCUGUUCCACUUUAUAGCCUAGUUUCUUAUUCCUGAUGUAAAAUGAUGAAUUUGAUGAAUCACGUCCUGGCUCGUUCCAAGUAAAUAACGGCGUUCACUCCCGACUCCUGAAACAUAAUCAGUUCCUGUGCAUUGUUUGCGAUUUCUCUGUGGAUUUGUUUAUUUAUUUAUUUACUUAUUUUUACGAUUCUGUGAUCUUCUGCGAAUGCACUUUAUUUUACGUCAGAAUGGAUCUUCUUUUACAUGGACGUAUACUAUGUACUGUAUUCAUUUACCACGUAGAGAAAUGUACACUGAAAUGCAGAUAUUCUGUGUUUAACGUGAAUGUUUUAGAGAGGAAAAUAAAGGAACAAUCAUUUAUUAUGUACCAAUUA